AGUCACUCCCACCAGGGCCUCCCCCACUGGCCCCAAGUCGCUCCCACCAGGGCCUCCCCCACUGGCCCCAAGUCGCUCCCACCAGGGCCUCCCCCACUGGCCCCAAGUCGCUCCCACCAGGGCCUACCCCACUGGCCCCAAGUCGCUCCCACCAGGGCCUACCCCACUGGCCCCAAGUCGCUCCCACCAGGGCCUCCCCCAUUUACCCCACCUGUGCUUCCCCAGUCAGUCCCCGGUCACCCCACAGUCCCCACCAUUUGCCCCCAGUCAUCUCUCCAAGGCCUCCCACAUCAGUCCCCAGUCACCCCACAAGGGUCUCCCCCAUUAGUCACCCCACUUGGGCCUCCCCCUUGCCCCCGGUCACUUCACCAGUGUCCCCUCUCUUGUCCUGCAUCCUCAGAUCACUUUCCCAGCGCACACCCCCAUAUAACCUGUCCCCCCCACUCCUCCCCCAGGCCGAACCCCCCCAUUACCUGUUCGGGGUCUCCCCACCAGCGUGCAGCCGGCCGUCCUGCUGUCGGGGGGGUGGGAGCCGUUGAUGGAGCGCACCCCCAGCGGCUGGGGCUUGCAGGGGUACCCCGCUUUCCCGGGGGCUCUGGCAGGAGCUCGGGGCGCCCUCAGCUGCUGGUUCUCCCGGUUCUGGGCGUUCAGCAUGGAGGUCCGGAGCCCCAGGACGAAGCGGUCAAAGGUGAGGUAGCCGUCGGGGGGCGCCACCUUCCGAAGGCAGUGCAGCACCCCGGGGGGCAGCUCCCGGGUGUCCGCCCCCCGCCACCGCAGCUCUAUCUCCUGGAUGUGUACGUAGCCCCGCCGCCCGUCAUCCAGGAGAUCAAACAGCGUCCGCAGGCUGUGCAGGAAGGCGCGGGGCAGCCCCUGGCUCAUGCUGCCCGCCGGCGGCUCCAUGGGGACCCGGGCACCGGGCGCUCUGUGUGCGGCAGCCCCGACUCCUCCGACACGCCGCUGCCGAGUACUGAGACCCGGCGUCACCCUCUGGCCCCCUGCUCGCCGCCCAUUGGUCGAGACGCACCUCUGCUCGCCGUUCAUUGGUCGGCAGAUAUAUCAACCUUCAAGCAGAUGGUCCCUGCUCCAGCUCCAUACGGCUAGUAUGCAGUUUUAGAAUUUCAUUGGUGAAUUGCUCUGGCUCCUGAACUCUGAACCCCAAUUCCCCAGAACUAUCUGAAAGGACUCCGGUCUAGAACUGAUCCACCGUAGAAAUCGCUCCCAUACUAAUGUAUCGUCUGAGUACCCAGAUGAGAGUGUGCAGUAUGCCAGCGCUUUCAACAAAUUUGCCUCUGAGUUUAACCAGCUGCCGGACGAGCAGAAAAUCGAUAUGGGCCACCAGCUGGAAGACAUGCUGAUCUUUUGUAACUUCCAUGGACAGGAAUGUAACUCGAGUUUCUUCUACGGUUUCAUUAACUAUAAGUUCGGCAACUGUUACACCUUCAACUCCCAGAAGCCCACUGACAUCCGAGGGAAUCCUAUUCCCACGCAGCUGCUCAACAUAACCAAAGCGGGAUUCAUGUAUGGUCUGCACCUCGAGCUGUUCAUACAGCAGAUUGAGUAUGUACGAGACAUGUCCCACGCCGCUGGAAUACGCCUGCUCAUCCAUGAACAGUCACAAAUGCCGUUCCCGGAGGACGAGGGUGUGAAUGUCCCACCAGGAGCAGAAACCGAUAUCGGCAUGAUGAAGGUUCACAUUGACAGGCUAAAGUCACCGUUUGUCAGUCAAUGCACCGAAGGGGAAAACAUCAAGAAUUUCUAUAAGGAUGUCUAUGGUUCCGGGUACACACGGGAGGCCUGUAAGCGGACGUGUGCCCAGCUGAGCAUCAUGGAGAACUGUGGCUGCAGUCACUGGGAAUUUGCUUGUCCGAAGGAGUCGGCGUAUCCCAAGUGUAACCUCAGCAACACACAAGUCCGUGACUGCGUGAAGCUGUACGAAUUUAAAUUCGCUCAUGAUGAGUUAAACUGCCACUGCCCCCUACAAUGCAAAGAAGAGAUAUAUGAACUGACAGUGUCCGGAUCUCAGUGGCCGUCCACAGCUUUUAUUGAGAACUUCUCCAAAGAGCUGAAAGAGUGGGGGGGCCAGAUGAGAGACAUUGCGGAUAAUCCAGCGCUUAUCAGGGAUAACUUUGUGAAGGUUGUGGUGUAUUUUAAGCAGCUAAAUUUCGAGCUGAUAGAGGAGGAGCCAUCGAUGACGGAAAUUAACCUGAUAUCUAACAUGGGAGGCCUGGUCGGCCUCUGGGUCGGCUUCUCCGUUUGCACCUUGGCUGAGUUCUUCGAGCUGUUCCUGGACGUCCUUCUGCUGUUUAUCCAGAGGUGCUUCCGGCCAGUGAACAAGGAGAGCUACUCAAACCCUUACAUGCAGAAUCAGAGCCCCAUCUACCUCCAGAAGACAACCAAACUGUGACUGGCGGGAGAAGGGGGGUCUGCGGCAUUGGAGCCCUAUUAGACGUGACCGGCAAGGCUUAGAUAUUACUGCAAUGAGUGCUAUAGUGUUACUCCUACAUUACUCUGUGCUCUGUCUAUCCAAUGGCAAGAUGCAGCAGCAUGCAUGUUAUCUGCGGAGGAAAUAGUGAGUUCAUAGCCACCCUAUCAGUAAGACAGCACUAAAAUAAAGACUAUGUCCCGGGCUUUCUCCAUAUAGAGUCUGCCCCAGUACUGCACGUGGUAUUACAAUGGCCUCAUUCUCUAUCCCAUGUUGUAUGCCUUGUUAUACUAGCCACACCUGUUUCAGGGCAUUUGCCUGGCAUCCUAUAUCACACCCCUCGUUAAAAAAAUGCAAUUUCUUCAGACCAAAUCAAUCCUUCCUGGCUAUGAACAGGGCGCGGAGAGUGGGGGAGCUGAAAGGGCCCAGGGCAGCGAUCAGCCGUGUCUGUAUACAGGGCCGGAUCUAGACUUUGUGGCACCCCGGGCGAAAACAUAGGGGUGUGGCUUCACGGAGAAGGGGCGUGGUCAGUUAUGCUCCCUGUAGAGUUGUGCCCCCAGUAGAGCUGUGCCCCCUAGUUGCGCCGUGCCCCCAGUACUGUGCCCCCUAGUUGCGCCGUGACCCCAGUACUGUGCCCCCGUAGAGUUGUGCCUCCUAGUUGCGCUGUGCCCCCUGUAGAGUGGAGCCCCCUAGUUGCGCCGUGCCCCCAGUACUGUGCCCCCAUAGAGUUGUGCCUCCUAGUUGCGCCGUGCCCCCAGUACUGUGCCCCCGUAGAGUUGUGCCUCCUAGUUGCGCCGUGCCCCCAGUACUGUGCCCCCUGUAGAGUUGUGCCCCCUAGUUGCGGCACUUAAAAAAUAAAUAAAAAUAAAUUAAUACUUACAAUCCCCGCUCCUGCUUCCCGACCACUGCUGACUUCCGUCUCCGGCCGCCGGCGCCGCUCCUCUAAUCUAUGGGAGAGAUGUCAUGACGUCUCUCCCAUAGCACCGCAUAGACACUAGAGGUCAAUUAUGACCCCUAAUGUCUAUGUGCCGCUCCCACAAUGCAGUGCAGUGCAUGAUGACUUCAUCGCGCACCGCUCAGCACCGCAUCUACCGAGCACCGGGGUGCAUCAGUAGGAUCUUGCCACGGCGGCAGCGCUCUCCGGAAGGUGGCACCCCGGGCAAAAAUCCUGCAUGCCCGUAGCAAGAUCCGCUACUGUCUGUAUAGCAGUGUAGGCGCAGCGGCACAUUGGACAGUGAAAGAAAGGAGACUGCUGCCGCUCAGCAGAAGCGGUCUCCACUCUCUCACUGGACAUUGUGCUGCUAUACAGACACAACCGCACAGGUAGUGGGCAGAGAGAAGUGUCACAGAUGGGCCUCUGGAGCCGCUUCUUCCCCACUGGGGUAGGGAUAUCCAUCGACCAUCAAUGAUUUGAAAUCAUCGAUGGUCUAUGCCCAAUGGUGAUUCAUUUUACCAUCGAUGGGAGAGAACCAGAUGAUUUUCCGCCAUGGAUGGUACAUGGCUGUCGAUUUAUUUGAUUUCCGCCAAGGUGUCGAGGAACGGAGCCUAGCUCCGCCCUCCCGACACCUGCAAAGCCCUACCCCCAGGCUCUGAUUGGCUCGCAGCUCACACUAAAGCAGGGGUGACCAUCCGUGGAUGAAACCAUUGAUGGUUCCCUUGCAGAUGGUUUCACACCAUCGAGGUUAUCUACCAAUGGUACCCUUGAUGGAUAACCCACCAUCCCUACACUGGAGCCGCUCCUGUGCCAAGCCCACAUAAUAUUUUGCUAAAACAGUUUUAGGGGGCGUGGACAUGCCUCCCUGAUUGGCCACGCCCCCUCCCAGUACUUGGGCCAGUCUGAGCUCUCGAUGGCCCUGGCUAUGAAUGAUGCACAUAAAUGUUCCAACUUGUCAGUACAGGAUUAUUCAAAUUACAUUUUACGGGUAGUCAAGUGGCUCGGUAAUUAGAGGUCAUCCUAUUCAGUGUUUUGUUAUACCAUACUUACCUACCUAUUACUACACCCCUCUGAGAGGUCCUAGAGGGAUGCAAUAUGUAUAAUUAAGGCACCUGCAGUUCCGAGGCGGCUGGGCUACUCUACCAAGAAUCCAGGGGAAAGCCAGAAGCCUCCCGGAGUAUGAUCUUCUCUUCUCUUCUAGAAGGUCCUGGAGAUAUCUGGAUUUUGGGGACAGUAUAUAUUUGGUCUAUCACAGCAUGUAUAAUACUUUCUGGAAAUGCACAUUAAAC